AUGAGAUCCCCUUCAGUACCAAACGAAGAGCAGGGCAAGCAAGAUCAGAUCAAGGCUACAGUACCUAGAUCUGACCGACUUACUUCCCCCAACAACGAUAUUGAACUAAGUAGAAACUCUACUUCCGAAGAUGAAACCGAUGGUUAUCCCGAGGGGGGGAAGGAAGCAUGGUUGGUCGUGUUAGGUGCCUGGUGUGCCAUGAUUCCUUCCAUGGGGUUAUUAAACACGAUAGGCGUCCUUCAAGCUUGGAUGUCCCAACAUCAAUUGACUGGCUAUUCCGAGUCAAACAUCGGCUGGAUUGUAUCCGCCUAUGCAUUCUUCUUGUAUAUAGGCGCUGCUCAAAUUGGCCCAAUUUUCGAUGCGCAUGAUAUACGCUGGGUCAUUGUCCCCGGCAGUGUAGGGAUAGUGGCAGCGCUCAUGUGCUUCAGUGUCUCGGAAUCAUACUACCAACUCUUUCUGUCUUUUGGUGUUCUCGGCGGACUUUCAGCCUCCCUGCAAUUCACGCCCGCCAUCUCAGCUGUGGGGCAUUGGUUUUGCAAACGGCGCGCCCUCGCAACAGGAAUCGCAUGUACGGCAGGCGGAAUUGGGGGCAUCUUCUUUCCGUUGAUGAUUCUCUAUCUUGCGCCCCGGAUCGGUUUCCCCUGGACAAUCCGUAUCAUCGGCUUCAUUUGCGCAUUCAUGGGCUUUCUCGCCUGUCUACUCCUUCGAAAACGUCUACCACACAACAAAGUCGCAGGGGCUUCGAUUGACCUGCUAGCGCUGAAGGACACUAAAUAUGCACUGACAACCUUGGCGGUCUGGCUUGUCGAAUUUGCCGUCUUUAUACCGUACACAUACCUUUCCAGUUACGCCAUUCACAUGGGUAUGGAACAGCAACAUGCCUAUCGCCUCAUGGCUCUACUUAACGCUGGGGCUAUUCCUGGACGCGCCCUCCCUGGCUACGUUGCUGAUCGAUUUGGGGCAUUCAACACCAUGUCUGCGACUUCGUGCAUCUGCUCCAUCUUCAUAUUCGCUCUGUGGUUGACAGCUGGGAGCAGUGAGGUUGCCAUCACGGCCUUCGCCGUCAUGUUUGGUUUUUGGUCUGGCGCGGCGAUUAGUCUGACCCCUGUAUGCGUGGCAUCUGUCUGUAAGAUUGAGGAUUAUGGGAAAAGAAAUGGAACGACGUUCUCGUUGGCUAGUUUUGCGGCUUUGAUUGGGAUACCAAUUGCCGGGGCAAUUAUAAAGGCCAAUGGUGGUGCGUAUACGGGUUUGAUCGUAUUUGCAGGGGCGGCUUAUGUGGCGGCUUUUGCAGCCUUUGUAGCGACCAGGGGGAUAUUUGGAGGUUGGAGUUGGAGUGUGUGGUAAAAUGGACUGAUCGUAUGUGAAUUUUAUGGCAAUCCUUUCGUUGUUAUGACCCUGGGAAUUUCUUUCUUUUCAAUCACCG